AAAUGUUUCACUAUUUGUUUUUCAGCUGUGACGAUCAGCAGAUAUCCAGGACUGCUUUUUCCUCAACAAUAAGCUGUAGCUGCAGCCUCCUCCCACACCGCCUGUCAACAUGGUGGUGCUGUCGCUCAAAAUCUGCGUGCGUCAAUGCAACGUGGUGAAGACCAUGCAGUUUGAGCCGUCCACAGCCGUGUACGACGCCUGCAGAAUAAUCAGAGAGAGGGUCCCAGAGGCACAAACUGGACAGGCUUCAGAUUAUGGCUUGUUUCUGUCUGAUGAAGACCCCAGAAAAGGCAUCUGGUUGGAGUCUGGGAGGACCAUGGACUAUUACAUGCUCCGUAAUGGGGAUAUCCUUGAAUACAAGAAGAAGCAGAGACCCCAGAAAAUCAAAAUGUUGGAUGGAGCUGUUAAAACAGUCAUGGUGGAUGACUCCAAAACAGUGGGCGAGCUACUUGUGACAAUCUGCAGUAGAAUAGGGAUCACAAACUACGAGGAGUACUCUCUGAUCCAGGAGACGGUGGAGGAUAAAAAAGAGGAGGGGACGGGUACGCUGAAGAAAGACAGGACGCUGCUGCGAGACGAGCGGAAGAUGGAGAAGCUGAAAGCCAAACUGCACACAGACGAUGACUUGAACUGGCUGGACCACAGCCGGACUUUCAGAGAGCAGGGGGUGGACGAGAACGAGACCCUCCUACUCAGACGCAAGUUCUUCUAUUCAGAUCAGAACGUAGACUCCCGAGACCCGGUCCAACUCAACCUGCUUUAUGUGCAGGCUCGUGAUGAUAUCCUAAAUGGUUCCCAUCCUGUCUCAUUUGACAAAGCUUGUGAGUUUGGAGGCAUCCAGGCCCAGAUCCAGUUCGGACCUCACAUAGAACAUAAACACAAACCUGGAUUCUUAGAUCUGAAGGAGUUUCUGCCCAAAGAGUACAUUAAGCAGAGAGGAGCAGAGAAAAAAGUAUUCCAGGAACACAAAAACUGCGGAGAAAUGACGGAGAUUGAAGCAAAAGUGAAAUAUGUCAAACUGGCACGGUCAUUGAGGACGUAUGGAGUCUCCUUCUUCCUGGUCAAAGAGAAGAUGAAGAGUAAGAACAAGCUGGUGCCUCGACUCCUGGGCAUCACCAAAGAGUCUGUGAUGCGAGUGGAUGAAAGGACCAAAGAUGUGGUUCAAGAGUGGCCCCUCACCACCGUGAAGAGGUGGGCUGCUUCACCCAAGAGCUUCACACUGGAUUUUGGGGAGUACCAGGAGAGCUACUACUCAGUGCAGACCACUGAAGGUGAACAGAUUUCUCAGCUCAUUGCCGGUUACAUCGACAUCAUCCUGAAAAAGAAGCAAAGCAAGGAUCGCUUUGGAUUAGAAGGCGAUGAGGAGUCGACGAUGCUCGAGGAGUCUGUAUCUCCGAAAAAAUCCACAAUCCUUCAGCAGCAGUUUAACCCAGUGGGCCGGGUUGAGCCCGAGUGUGUGGCUCUAAAGGGGGUGAUCCGCUCCGGCUCAAUCGGCACGGAGCCGCUAAGCAUGGGUACCAUGCCCUCUCCUCAGCAGCAGAUCACAAUGUCCACAAUGCACCGUGGACACAUGCCUCCGCUGAGUUCAGCACAGCAGGCUCUGAUGGGAACCAUCAACACCAGUAUGCAGGCUGUACAAAAGGCCCAGAUAGACCUGGGAGAGGUUGACAACCUCCCACCGUUGGGACAGGACAUGGCUUCCAAAGUGUGGAUCCAGAACAAGAUGGAUGAAUCCAAACAUGAGAUCCACUCCCAGGUCGAUGCCAUCACUGCGGGAACAGCUUCAGUUGUGAAUCUCACAGCUGGUGACCCCACCGACACAGACUACACAGCGGUGGGCUGCGCCAUCACCACCAUUUCCUCCAACCUGACGGAGAUGUCGAAGGGAGUAAAGCUGCUGGCUGCGCUGAUGGAGGAUGACGUGGGAGGAGGGAACGACCUGAUGAAGGCUGCCAGGACACUUGCAGGUGCCGUGUCUGACCUCCUGAAGGCCGUGGAGCCGGCUUCUGGAGAGCCCAGGCAGACGGUGCUGACAGCAGCCGGAAGCAUCGGUCAGGCCAGCGGAGAUCUGCUGCGACAGAUCGGAGAAAACGAGACAGACGAGAGGUUCCAGGACGUCCUGAUGAAUUUGGCCAAAGCAGUCGCCAACGCAGCAGCCAUGUUGGUGUUGAAAGCCAAGAACGUGGCUCAGGUUGCUGAGGACACGGUCCUGCAGAACCGGGUUAUAGCGGCUGCCACGCAGUGUGCCCUGUCCACCUCACAGCUGGUGGCAUGUGCAAAGGUGGUGAGUCCCACCAUCAGUUCCCCAGUUUGCCAGGAGCAGUUAAUCGAAGCUGGGAAAUUAGUGGACCGAUCGGUGGAGAGCUGCGUGCAGGCCUGCCUCUCAGCCACAGAAGAUGGAGAGCUCCUCAAGCAGGUGAGCGCUGCAGCCAGUGUGGUGAGUCAGGCUCUGGCAGAUCUCCUGCAGCAUGUCCGUCAGUACACCUCCAGGGGAGAGCCAAUCGGACGCUACGACCAGGCUACUGACACCAUCAUGAAUGUCACUGAGAACAUCUUCAGCUCCAUGGGAGAUGCAGGAGAGAUGGUCCGUCAAGCUCGGGUCUUGGCUCAGGCCACCUCGGACCUGGUGAACGCCAUGCGGUCGGAUGCUGAAGUUGAGAUAGAUGUGGACAACUCCAAGAAGCUGCUGGCAGCUGCCAAGCUGCUGGCAGACGCCACUGCCAGGAUGGUGGAGGCAGCGAAGGGUGCAGCAGCAUACCCUGAAAAUGAAGACCAGCAGCAGAGACUGAGGGAAGCUGCUGAAGGUCUGCGUGUGGCCACCAACGCUGCUGCUCAGAACGCCAUCAAGAAGAAACUCAUCAACAGACUGGAGAAUGCUGCCAAACAAGCGGCGGCCGCAGCCACGCAGACCAUCGCCGCCGCUCAAAAUGCCGCCGCCUCCAAUAAGAACACAGCCGCUCACCAGCAGCUGGUGCAGAGCUGUAAGGCUGUAGCAGAUCACAUCCCACAGCUCGUACAAGGAGUACGAGGCAGCCAGGCCAAACCAGAGGACCUCAGUGCACAACUAGCCCUCAUCAUUGCCAGCCAAAACUUCCUGCAGCCCGGCAGUAAGAUGGUGAGCUCUGCCAAGUCGUCCGUUCCCACAGUGACGGACCAGGCUGCAGCCAUGCAACUGGGUCAGUGUGCCAAAAACCUGGCCACCUGCCUGGCUGAGCUCAGGACGUCCGCACAGAAGGCUCAUGAAGCUUGUGGCCCCAUGGAAAUCGACUCUGCGCUCACAGCCAUCCAGACCCUGAGAAGUGAACUGCAGGAUGCCAGGAUGACGGCUGCGAACGCUCAACUCAAACCUCUUCCUGGAGAAUCGUUGGAGAAGUGUGCUCAGGAUUUGGGCAGCACCUCCAAGUCGGUGGGAUCCUCCAUGGCUCAGCUACUCACGUGUGCUGCUCAGGGAAAUGAGCAUUACACUGGAAUAGCUGCCAGAGAGACGGCCCAGGCUCUGAAGACACUGGCCCAGGCAGCCCGGGGAGUCGCUGCCUCCACUACAGACCCCAAGGCCGCCGCCGCCAUGCUGGACUCGGCUCGCGACGUCAUGGAGGGCUCAGCGCUGCUAAUUCAUGAGGCCAAGCAGGCACUGAUUUCCCCAGGAGACACAGAGAGUCAGCAGACGCUGGCACAGGUGGCCAAAGCUGUCUCUCACUCCCUGAAUAACUGCGUCAACUGUCUGCCCGGCCAGAAGGACGUUGACAUGGCUCUGCGGAGCAUCGGAGAGGCCAGCAAGAAACUCCUGAUAGAAACUAUCCCUCCAGCCUCCAGAACGUUUCAGGAGGCCCAGAAUGAGCUGAGCCACACUGCAGCUGGCCUGAACCAGUCAGCAGGGGAGGUGGUCCACGCCUCCAGGGGCUCCAGCGGCCAGCUGGCCGAGGCCUCUGGGAAGUUCAGCCACGACUUUGAUGAGUUCCUGGAUGCGGGCAUCGAAAUGGCUGGACACACACAGAAAAAAGACGACCAGGUGCAGGUGAUUGGUAACCUGAAGAACAUCUCCAUGGCUUCCAGCAAACUACUGCUGGCUGCCAAAAGUCUGUCUGUGGACCCAGCAGCAGCAAACGCCAAAAACCUGCUAGCUGCUGCUGCAAGAGCUGUGACAGACAGCAUCAACCAGCUGAUCACGCUGUGUACACAGCAGGCGCCCGGCCAGAAGGAGUGCGACAACGCCUUGAGAGAGCUGGAGGCUGUCAGGAAAAUGCUGGAUAAUCCCAGUGAACCGGUCAGUGACCUCUCUUACUUCGACUGCAUUGAGAGUGUGAUGGAGAACUCAAAGGUUCUUGGAGAGUCCAUGGCCGGUAUUUCUCAGAACUGUAAGACAGGCGACGUGUCUUUGUUUGGGGAUUGUGUGGGCUCAGCCUCCAAAGCCCUGUGUGGCCUCACUGAAGCUGCAGGCCAGGCUUCCUACCUGGUGGGUGUGUCGGAUCCCAACAGUCAGGCGGGACACCAGGGGUUGGUGGAUCCCAUCCAGUUUGCCAAAGCUAACCAGGCUAUCCAGAUGGCUUGUCAGAAUCUUGUGGACCCACAGAGCAGCCCCUCCCAGGUGCUCUCAGCGGCCACAAUUGUUGCUAAGCACACCUCGGCGUUGUGCAAUGCCUGCCGUCUUGCCUCCUCCAAAACAACUAACCCAGUUGCUAAAAGGCAUUUUGUCCAGUCAGCCAAGGAGGUGGCUAAUACCACAGCUAACUUGGUCAAAACCAUCAAGGCUUUAGAUGGGGAUUUCUCCGAAGAGAAUCGAAACAGGUGUCGGGUUGCCACAAGUCCACUAAUCGAGGCUGUGGAAAACCUGACGACGUUUGCUUCUAACCCCGAGUUUGCCAGCAUCCCUGCUCAAAUCAGCAAUGAGGGCUCUGCAGCACAGGAACCCAUCCUCCAAUCAGCACGCUCCAUGCUUGACAGCUCUAUCCAUCUGCUCAGAACUGCACGCUCGUUGGUCAUCAACCCCAAGGACCCGCCAACCUGGUCCGUUCUGGCUGGUCACUCUCGCACGGUCUCCGACUCCAUCAAAAGUCUCAUCACAGCCAUCCGGGACAAAGCUCCUGGCCAGCGGGAGUGUGACUCAUCAAUUGAUAACAUUAACAAAUGUAUCCGGGACAUUGAGCAGGCCUCUCUGGCAGUUGUUAGCCAGAACUUACCGAGCAGGGACGACAUCUCUCUGGAGGCCCUACAGGAGCAGCUGACGUCCACUGUGCAGGAAAUUGGUCACCUAAUUGACCCAAUUUCUACGGCAGCCAGGGGGGAAGCUUCCCAACUAGGACACAAGUCCCACACCCAUGAUGCCAUAGCAGAGGCUGCUCAGCUCAUGAAGGAGGCCGUCGACGACAUCAUGGUGACGCUAAAUGAGGCUGCGAGCGAGGUGGGAAUGGUGGGAGGAAUGGUGGAGUCUAUCGCCGAGGCCAUGGGCAAGCUGGAUGAGGGUACGCCACCUGAGCCUGAGGGGUCCUUUGUGGAUUACCAGACCAAUAUGGUGAAACACUCGAAAGCUAUUGCUGUCACUGCUCAGGAAAUGAUGACCAAAUCAGUGACGAGUCCAGAUGAGCUGGGAGCCCUGGCCUCUCAAGUGACCGUGGACUAUGGUCAGCUGGCGGUUCAGGGACAUCUGGCUGCUCACACGGCCGAACCAGAAGAGAUUGGUUUCCAGAUUAAGACCCGAGUGCAGGAGCUCGGCCACGGCUGCAUCUUCCUGGUCCAAAAGGCUGGAGCUCUGCAGAUCACCCCGUCUGACAGCUUCACCAAGAGGGAGCUCAUUGAUUGUGCACGUGCAGUCACAGAGAAGGUGUCGUUGGUGCUUUCAGCCCUCCAGGCAGGCAACAAGGGCACGCAGGCCUGCAUCACUGCUGCCAGCGCAGUGUCGGGGAUCAUCGCAGACCUGGACACCACCAUCAUGUUUGCCUCCGCAGGCACGCUCAAUACAGAGAACGACGAGUCCUUCGCCGACCACAGGGAAAACAUCCUGAAGACGGCUAAAGCUCUGGUCGAGGACACAAAGAUGUUGGUCUCCGGUGCAGCUUCUGGCCAGGACAAGUUAGCUCAGGCUGCCCAGUCUUCAGCCAAAACCAUCACACAUCUUACCGAUGUUGUCAAACUGGGAGCUGCCAGCAUUGGUUCCGAUGAUCCUGAGACGCAGGUGGUUCUGAUAAAUGCUGUCAAAGACGUGGCCAAGGCGCUGGCUGAGCUCAUCAGUGCCACCAAGUGUGCUUCUGGCAAGGCAGCAGAUGAUCCAUCUAUGUACCAGCUGAAGAGCGCUGCCAAGGUGAUGGUGACCAACGUGACGUCGCUGCUGAAGACCGUCAAGGCCGUGGAAGACGAGGCCACCCGGGGAACCAGAGCUCUGGAGGCCACCAUUGAGUGCAUUAAACAGGAAAUGAUGAUCUUUCAGUCUAGGGAUGCUCCAAACAGAACCAACACACCUGAGGAGUUCAUACGGAUGACUAAGGGCAUCACUCUAGCAACUGCUAAAGCAGUGGCUGCAGGAAACUCUGCCCGGCAAGAAGACAUCAUCCACACUGCCAACCUGAGCCGCAAAGCCAUUUCUGACAUGCUGACCACCUGCAAGCAAGCAGCCUACCAUCCAGAGGUCAGCGAGGAGGUGAAGAACAGAGCGCUGAUGUUUGGAGCCGAGUGCACAACUGGAUAUAUCGACCUGCUGGAACAAGUGCUGCUCGUGCUGCAGAAGCCCACCUCAGAGCAGAAACAGCAGCUGGCAGGUUGCUCCAAGCGUGUGGCGGGGGCCGUCACAGAGCUCAUACAGAGUGCCGAGGCCAUGAAAGACGGAGGUUCAGAAUGGGUGGACCCCGAGGAUCCGACGGUGAUAGCGGAGACGGAGCUGCUCGGGGCGGCGGCGUCCAUCGAAGCAGCAGCCAAGAAGCUGGAGCAGCUAAAACCCAGAGCGAAGCCGAAGCAAGCAGACGAGACGCUGAACUUUGAAGAGCAGAUCCUGGAGGCUGCCAAGUCCAUCGCUGCCGCCACCAGUGCUUUAGUCAAAUCAGCUUCAGCGGCUCAGAGAGAGCUGGUGGCUCAGGGGAAAGUGGGUUCCAUCCCUGCCAAUGCAGUGGAUGAUGGACAGUGGUCUCAGGGGCUCAUCUCUGCUGCACGUAUGGUAGCUGCAGCGACCAGCAACCUGUGCGAAGCAGCUAACGCCUCUGUUCAAGGCCACGCCAGUGAGGAGAAGCUCAUCUCCUCAGCCAAACAGGUGGCGGCCUCCACCGCUCAGCUGCUGGUGGCCUGUAAGGUGAAGGCAGACCAGGACUCCGGGGCCAUGAGGAGGCUGCAGAUUGCCGGGAAUGCAGUAAAGAAGGCGUCCGAUAAUUUGGUGCGGGCAGCCCAGAAAGCAGCUUUUGACAAAGCAGAUGAAGACAACGUGGUGGUCAAGACGAAGUUUGUAGGUGGAAUCGCACAGAUUAUCGCAGCGCAGGAAGAGAUGCUGAGAAAGGAGAGGGAGCUGGAAGAAGCCAGGAAGAAGCUGGCUCAGAUCAGGCAGCAGCAGUACAAGUUCCUGCCCAGUGAGCUACGAGAGGACACCAACUAAUCACUGCUGCAAACUCUCAACACUAAUGUGAAGAGCACACCUGUGCUAACAUGAAAUCUGUGUCCCGUCGGCACACCUGGACAGGUAUUUGGUCUACAAGGACGUCUGUCUUCAUCCUACAGAUAGAUCUGCAAUUCAGACACUAGCGACUUCAAAGUACUACUGUGUGAAACUGACUACUUCCUGAAAAAUAGCAUAAUGAUUGUGGUGAACUGACUCUAUCCUAAUGUAAAGCAGAUAAGGCAGAAUGUGACAGAUGUAGGACAAACAGCACAGCUCACAUAUGCUCUCGUUUGCCCAUAAGCUACUCUUUUAAGUUUGCAGCUCUAAUGUAAAAAACAAAAAACUAUCAAAUGAAGAACUGAUUGUACUGAUGUUUGUGUUGCAUUGCCAUAUAACUGCAGCGUUAAUCCUUAAGCAAAAACCUUUCAGCUCGGUACUCCGAUAGUGUGAAUGUCGGACUUUUAUGCUCCAGUUUGCACCUUAAUGUCUGUGAAUCUUUUAAACCAACAGUGGCAUGUCUUCACUUGAUUUCAGAGCUCAUUAACUCUAAUGUGAAGGAAGGAUUUAGUAUACUGUUGUUUCUUGGAUGGUAGUGUGGUUGUUUCCAAUAAUGGACUGUUGGUUCAAUAAUGUCUCUGUUUGGGAAAGUUUUACUGUAAUUCAUACAAAUAUCUUUACUUUGUCUUCACAUGUUCAUGCUGACAUUUCUCUGCUCUUUAGGCAAAGCAUAUUAAGGUUAAACAAAUGAAACUUGUCUGUUAGAGCCUUUAUGUAUAAGUUUUGAUUUUUUCACCAGAAAUGUUCCCAUAAUAUGGUUACUUAUAAUAACUGAGGGUCUUAGCAGAGCAGGGUCUCUUUAUAUCUAUCAAGUUUCAGAACAGAAACCAAACCCAAACCUUCAAACACUUCUUUAUUUUUAAUCAUACAGAUAUGGAAACACAGCAUGAAGAACAGUUUAAUCAUGAUGCAAUAACAUGGUUGGUGCUUUAGGGGGCAGCAUUGGUUUCCAUUUACAUCAUGCAAAAUUAAACACAGAGUUGAAGGAGGGAUUGCAUUUGAAUAUAGACUGAGCAUGGGGAUUAGCUCCUUCCUCAUGUAAAUUCACAGUAAAUGAAAAGAUGAGCUUUGACUUGAAACUGAGCUCAUCACAAUGUAGAGCCACUUCUGUGCGCUUUGUAGAUUUACCUCAUUCUGUACGCUCAUACCUGUACCUCCCACUAUUAGCAACUUGUCAAGUUCUAGCAAUAUUGUCACUGCCAGGGAUUGCUUUUCUUGUUUGUUUUAAUUAAAUUUCAGGAAACUUUAGAAAUCUAAAAAAUAAUAAUAAUAAAAUAAAUAACUUGGCAAUAAACUAAAUCGAUUAAACUUCUGAGGGAAAUUGUAGAAAUUGUAAUUGAAGUGACUGCAAAGAUAAUCGUUAACAUCAGGGGUGCUCUGCAACUUUAUGAAUAUGCUCUUUACUGCAAUAGAAGAACUGUUUUGUUUACCAAGUUUGAUUGUAAUAAGUGUGUUUUUUUCCCUCUUGUUUCAUAAUAUGAGUUGUGUUUUACUUUUAAACAACAGUGUAUAUUAUAAGAUUAGGUCCUGCUGUGGAAAAUGCAUGGCUUUGUGCUUCAGGUCAGAGUGAUUCAAACCUCCACGUAGUCACACUAUACCACACACUAUACCACAGCUUAUGUCUUAAAGGGAUGAUUCAGAUCUUUAAAAGGGGGUUUAAUGGAAAGGUUAUAAGUGGUUAACAUCUUACCUGUUGUAGAUUUCUUUAUGAACAACUUAAGUUUGGAGAAAUUAUUUUGCUUCGCCAAAUUAACAAGCUAACAUCUAGUCUGAGGGAAGCAGCUAGCUGCUGCUGUGCUAAUUGCUCUUGCAAUUAACCACAGUAUAAAUAAUUGUUCAAUGUGAAACUUUUGGUAGUGUAAAGAUUUCUAAAAUGUUGUUUACAAUGAAUCGUGAUUUUUAAGUUGUUUUAAAAUGGUGGAGGAAAAAAUCCACGUUGGUUUUGACCACUCAGACUAGCCAUUAGCUCAUCAAUAGAAUCAGAAUUAAACACUAUUUCUCCAAGCUGAGGUUGUUCAAAGAGUUAUCUGAAACAGGUAAGACGUUAGCUGUUUAAAACAUUUUCACCUGUAAAGAUGUGAACUGUUGGUUUAAGACGGAUAGUUGUGUUUGGGUUCAAACUGGUUUUGAUCGUUUGUGUAAGUGAGUGUGUGUGAGUAAGCAUUGAAAUGAUGGGAAGCGUCCACUGCUCAUCAGUUAAGUCUGUAGUGUUAUUAUUAGUGCCUUAGUCCUUUACCCAUCCAGUGUUUGCUGCUUGACUGACAGCUUCAUGAUCAGUAGAAGAUGAGUUUGGAAACAUAGGUUCAUGAUCUGUGGGUUUUUUUUUCUACACUCACUAACUCACUGCUCCUCUUAAGUGCUGAGUCAGCUGCUCCUCCUAUCUCUCUCCUCUCUGCCUCAUGUGAAGCCUUUUCGGAGGAUGACAAAGUGACUGUCUGCCAGCCGUAAAAACGCGCUUCGGUUUCAAACCUGUGCGUGCAUCACCUACACGAGCACAUUUGUUUUGUACUGAAUCUUGUGAGCAUGUACCACAGCGCUUCUUCAACAGCACAGAAUGAAGUUUGUUUACUGCUUUAUUGUGUGUUCUGAUGUCUGACAUUUUUAUGGAUAAGCUCUUUGUUUUAGUGCUUUAAAGGUUCUCUUGAAAGCUAAAUGUGACAGGAAUAUUUGGAUAAUAUCCGUCACCGUUUCGACGCUGUGGAGUAAUAACAAGUGUUCUGUAUGUUCCCGCUUCAAAGAAAUGAAAUUAGGAAGUUGCUUCACUAAAGAUGAAUGAGAACUUAAAAUAAUGAAGAUAUUUAUCUGGGCUCAAUUAAAGUAUUUUUUGUAUUCACUAAAAAUAAAGCAUUUCGUUGUAAUGAAA